CGCAUUUUGUCCCAUACAGGUGGAACACAGCGCGUGCGCAGAAAGCACUCAGGAAGUGAGGAACAAACAGCACAGCACAGUGGAGGGUGUAUGUACAAUGUAAUCACUGCUUCAAACUUAACUUUAUGAAAUAUCACUUGUAAAAAAUGGAAAACUGUAAAGAGGACUACAAGAUUCAGUCUUUUGACUUGGAGACCCAGAAUCUGCUGAAAACGGCCCUGAAAGCCCUCUCUCUGCCCUCAGAGCCCAGCACGGUGGACCUGGAGAAGGUGUCCAAUGUCAUCGUGGACCAGUCUUUGAAGGACCAGGUCUUCAGCAAAGAGGCAGGACGCAUUUGCUACACUAUCGUUCAGGCUGAGGCCAAGCACAACAACGGAAACGUGUUCCGGCGGAAUCUGCUCAACCGGCUGCAGCUGGAGUUCGUGGCCCGGGAGGACACACGGCUUCGCUCGCUGCAGGAGUGGGUCUGCUUCGUCACCUUCAUCUGCAACGUCUUCGACUACCUCAAGGUGAACAACAUGCCUAUGGUGGCUCUGGUGCAUCCUGUGUUUGACUGCCUGUUAAGGCUGGCUCAGCCUGACUCGCUGAACAACGAGGAAGAGGUAGACUGCCUGGUGCUCCAGCUGCACCGCAUCGGGGACCAGCUGGAGAAGAUGGACGGACAGAAGAUGGACGAGCUCUUCUACCUGCUGCGGGACGGCUUCCUACUGCAGGAGGGCCUGAGCUCCAUGGCCCGUCUUCUGCUACUGGAGAUCCUGGAGUUCAGAGCCGGGGGCUGGAUGCUCAGCGACACGGCCCAGAAAUACUACUAUAGCGAAGUCACCGACUAGACUGAGGCUAGGCCAGGCUUACAGUAGGUGGGUGGUGUUCAAUAGGAACAACAUGGGAUUGGACGAGCUCGGGUUGGAAUCUCCCGUUUCGUGUCUACUGAAUGUGACCCUGAAUGAUAGUAUUGGGAAAGGGGCUGCAUUGUGGAUGAUUCCAGAAAGGACACUUUUUUUGCUGGGCUUUGCCAUGGGGUAGCCACUAGUCAGUCUGGUUAGCAGCAGGGAUUUUCCACUAGCCAGAUAGUCGGUUUGAAAUGUGCAAUUGUAAAUGGUUGUUAAAAGGUUUUUUUUUGGCGAGAGGUGUAAUUGGAUUGGUUUGAAGCAAGUUUGACUGAAAUUCAGGAUAUUUUGUGGGUUUCGAAUUGCAGUUUUUACUCCAGUCUAAUUAUUUAUUAUUAAUCCCUUUGCUUUCUGACAUUCCAAUGUUAUGAGACAUUUCACUAUUCUACAUAAGUAGUUCAGACACACAUUCCAGUCACGUUGGCUUGACCAUGUUUGAGUUAAUCUUAUAGAUCUUCUGCCAGUCGUUACUGAUACUGUUUUCAAAGGUGAUGAUCUUUGUAAAUUUUUCUACAAAGAAUCUUGAGAGGUCUGUAGAACUUUUCGAGAGCUUAGACAUUCAUUAGGCCCAAGUGAAUGUAUGGAUCAAAUUAUGAUCUUUACAAUCAAUGCUUUACAAAAUAGUCUGCUUUUACACAGACAGCCCAAUUCUGGACUUUAUUUUGUUUUACCAGUAAUUUGUGUUUUUACAGAUGAACUAUUUUGACAAUAAUUAGGUGAAAUAUCAGAAUUGGGCUGCCUGUCUAAAUACAGCCAUAGGGUCCACAUCAAUUGGACAAAAUACUUUACAGUCAACUUUUGUUUUAAACGCACCUGUUGUUUGAGUGGUAGAUUAAAAUGACUGAAAAGCAUUUUGGCUAGAGUUGAGGGAUUUUUGACAAAAUCAAUCAAACAAAAGAUUAACACAACGCAUGUAACUCCACGUGGGUCCACCCUGCUGCCAAUGACUCUUAAGCCUCUUCGUUUCCUCUGAGGUCAAAAAGCACAUGACAAGAGAGGGUGACAAUUUGGUAUUAUUAGGAUUUGGGACCAAGAGAUUUGUCAUAAGUAAUUUGUAAUAUUUCCUUUCUGACAUAUUAAUAUAUUUGACUUUUUAUGGUCUGAAUCCUAGUUUCUGAAUUGUUAAUAUCACAAGUUUAUCUGAAAAAUAGUUUUGUAGUACAUGUGAUGCCAAUAUAGACAGCAAUAUCAUCAAAGCUGGAAGUUCUAGUCAGUUUUUUCUGAUUCUAAUAAGAACUAGUUUUGCAGAUGUUUUUGUAUUCACAAGUCUCUAAGAGGUACUGUACCUCUUUUAAACGACAUGGUCCACACUUUGGUGCUACAAAAUGGAUGCUGGCUUUUCGCUUUCGGCUUGGGAAAACUGUGCACCACAAUGCAAACAUUUAUUCCGUUUGGAAGCUGAGAAUAUUACUGCAUUAUAGUGACUUUAUAAGUUCUGUCUGGCUGUUCACUACUCGUUGCUGUUAGAUUUUCAAAACAGUAGUACGUCUGAGAUUCAUUCCACCAGCACUAAGCUUUUACCAGCUUCACUUUAUUGAACAAGUCCACAUCUACUAGUUUUUGUAGUUCAGAAUAUGUAUGUUUUAUAAUGUUUACACUGUGUGCUGACCUGAGUGCUUUAAUACGCUCACAAAACCAAACACGGUGUCUUGGAAAAACCACUGACCACAAUCAAGCAGCAGACUAUUUCUAGGUCCUGCUCCAAUAUCUUUAACAUUCAUCUAUCCUUCCUUCCUCAUAGUAAUCACUGAUCUAAUGUGAUCCAUUGCAGAUAUUUUUCCUACCCUAGUUAUGUCAGCAAGAAAGUGAGGGAGGCAUGGGGAAUCGUUGAUAAUUCCAGCAGGGACAUUGACUGAAUGAAUCUCUUUGAAGAGGGAAGAACCAUAUCAUUUUUUGAAGAUAUGAUCACAAAUAUUGUGUUAGUUAGGCUAUUUUAGUAACCUCUGUUGGCCUUCGUGGACAGUUGUCGAAUAGAUUGAAAAGUUUAUUUGGUAAUAGUAGUUGUGGAAUCGGAAUAGUAACACUUGGGUGACUGACAUAACUUUUCUAUUGUUUUACAUUUAGUUCACUAGAUCAGUGUUUCUCAACAGUUUUCAUUCAAAACUGUGGUUCUCAGUGUACAUUAAGCAAGCACUAAAAUAAACUUGUUGGUCAUCCACUAGUUUGAGCAUAUUUUAUAGGGCCAUGAUGUUGAAAGAAGAUUAUUGAAGUAAAUGUGUAUAUGCUAUAGGGCCUAUUGCGACUUAAAGACCAAGUAUUCAAAGUAAAGUCAUUCAGUAGAAACAUAAUUUGGACAGGAAGUGCAGCACUCACAAUUUGCCUACUAGUGGUUUGUGUACAUGCCAUUUGUUUUACACAGAAUUACCAAAUAAGUUUGAGCAUUUUGUACAUUUAUCUACCCAAGUAGAUAUAUAGAAAGUUUGAGUUUACUGCGUGAAGACAGAGCUCAGUGUAUAUUUUCCUAUAAAUAUUUCCAUUACUGUAGUUGGGUAUCUGUUCCAAUGUCAGAAGUACCAACAUUGGUCAAUUUCAUUUUUGCUACUGCUGUACAUUGACUGAAGAUGAAUAAAAUCACAUUAAAAUAAAA